AGCACUACGCCAACAAACGACGCUGUGUUACAUACAACACGAAUAACAAAUGUGAACAGAAAGAAAAUGGGAAACCUAAACCCUCCCACGCUUAACCUUAAGCUUAACCCCAUACAUUCUAUGAGCACGGAAGUCUCUGCAACAGCAAGCGCAACAAUGGUAGCUGACGACACACAAAUUGAACAAACCACCCUCGACAACCGAUCCGAUUUGCAGCCGAUUCCUCCACAAGAUGAACAGCAGCCACCGUCUCCACAACCGCAGCCUCUUUCGAAAAACGCCCAAAAGAAGCUUUUAAAGCAGCAAAAAUUCGAAGCGAAAAAAGCAGAGAAGAAGGCGUUAAUGAAAGAGCAAAAGAAGAAAGAGGCAGAGAGAAAGCGAAAGGAAUGGGAAGAAACUCUAGCCGGCGUCUCUGAAGAGGAGAGGGAAAAGCUAAUCGAGUCGAGAAGAGAGCUAAGGAAGGAGAGAAUGGAGAAACGAUCUGAGGAAAGAGAAAAUAAAAUCCAGAGAUUAACAGAAGCGAAAUCCAACGGUCAAAAAAUCGUUAUCGAUUUAGAAUUCUCUCAUCUCAUGACUUCCUCUGAGAUUCACAGUCUCGUUCAACAGAUUAUGUAUUGCUAUGCCGUGAAUGGAAGAUGUGCGACCCCUGGUCUCCUCUGGUUGACUGGUUGUGCAGGAGAAAUGGAAAGCCAAUUGCAAAGACUUCCAGGAUUUGACAAAUGGAUAAUUGAGAAAGAAAGUCGAUCGUACAUUGAGGCAUUGCAAGACCAGAAAGAAAAUCUAGUUUAUCUUACAGCAGAUGCAGAGACUGAGCUUGAUGAACUUGAUCUGAAAAGAAUAUAUAUUGUUGGUGGCCUAGUAGAUCGGAAUCGGUGGAAAGGGUUAACCAUGAAGAAAGCUCAAGAGCAAGGAAUCCAAACUGCAAAACUCCCUAUAGGCAAUCACUUGAAGAUGUCAAGUUCUCAGGUCCUUACAGUAAACCAAGUAAUAGAGAUACUUCUCAAGUUCUUGGAAACAAAAGAUUGGAAGGAUUCAUUCUUUCAAGUGAUCCCUCAGAGGAAAAGAUGCGACGCUGAUUCAACAGAACAUCAUCGAGGAGUAGAUGAGGAAGAGAACGAGGAGAAGGAGGAGUCAUGUGAGAACAAAAAGAGGUGCAUACAGGACCCUUCCAGCUAGUGGAACUCACUAGCUUGAUUUUUUUGUCGAACGCUUUAAGUUCAUCGGAACUAGCAUUGUCUGUGUCCGUGCAAAUCAAAUUCAAAUGGAAAACAAUUGAUUUUCAAUGCAAGCUUACCAUGUUUCAACUAGUUUCCAUUUAACUGUAAAUGAAAACAAUUGUUGGAUUCUUUUCUAGUACUCAUUUCUUUAAUUUCUUUAAAUCA